CCAGCUCCCGCCCGCCCCAGGCUCCCCGGGCCCGCUCCGCGCUCUCUUUCUCCGACAGCUGCCGGGGAGCCCAGCGCGCCGCUCCGCGUCCUGCCCCGUCUGUCCCCGGGAGUCGCUGACCGCCGUCGCCGCGCCAUGACCACGCAGCAAAUAGCGCUCCAGGGCCCGGGACCGUGGGGCUUCCGCCUCGUGGGGGGCAAGGACUUCGAGCAGCCUCUCGCCAUUUCCCGGCUUCUGACAUGUCCUAAUGAACUUGCAAACAUUCUUCACAGCUUAGACCAUUCUCAGCUUCCAAGCGGACUCGUCAUUGACAAAGAAUCUGAAGUUUACAAGAUGCUUCAGGAGAAACAAGAGUUAAAUGAGCCUCCGAAACAGUCCACUUCAUUCCUGGUUUUGCAGGAAAUUCUGGAGUCUGAGGAGAAAGGGGAUCCCAACAAGCCCUCAGGAUUCAGAAGUGUUAAGGCUCCAGUCACCAAAGUGGCUGCAUCGAUUGGAAAUGCCCAGAAGCUGCCCAUGUGUGACAAGUGUGGCACCGGCAUUGUCGGCGUGUUUGUGAAGCUGCGGGACCGUCACCGCCACCCUGAGUGUUAUGUGUGCACUGACUGUGGCACCAACCUGAAACAGAAGGGCCAUUUCUUUGUGGAGGAUCAGAUCUACUGUGAAAAGCACGCCCGGGAGCGGGUCACUCCACCCGAGGGCUACGAUGUGAUCACUGUGUUUCCCAAGUGAGCCGGCAGCUCAGCACCGAACGCUGGUCUCCCAACGAACCCCUGCUGCAUCUUGUCCUCUGAAAGCUCUGGCUUCUCUUAUCUAGAAAGUUCUCUCUUACUUUGGUUUUAUCCCUGCUCGUCAGCUAACUGACUCACGCUGGCUGUGUGAUGCCCGCUUUUAUAAUUAACGGAAGAUGGUUUUGUUCAGUGUCCCCUUACCAGCAUCACUGUCUUCUCUUCUCCUCCAUUCAUCUCUGCUGCAAAUGGACAUCAGCCAAACUUGAACCAAACCAAAUUUAAUAUGUCUGACAAUGAUUUCGUUUCACCCAAUAAAUUAAUAGACUUCAA